ACUCCAGGUACGCGCUGACACCGAGGUGAGCAGCAGUUGGCCCCACUGGCAGCGGCACAGGUGAGCAUGGGCAGGGGAUGGCAGUGGGUGACUUCGGCGAGGCUUGGCUGUGGGGAGAUUGAUGCAGGGGUAAGGUGGGAGGCAGGUGGGGAGGCAGGUGAGAGGGGGCUAUGGUUCGUGGCUCAGGUGCCUUUGGUGCAUGCAGGGGAUGCAGAGGGCACUGCAGGACCUCGUGCUGGUGGCAGGGUGGGAGGUUGGGCACCGCUCUGCCUGGCAAGGAUGCUCCUAGCAUUCACAUUCCCCCCUUUCUUAUAACAUUAGGAGGCCUUUUGACUCCCAAAUCCUACGUGUGCACAGCAACACAUCUUCCCAAGCAACACACAGUUUAUGGCCAGUAGUGCCUGUGAACCUGAACUUUGAGGCUUCUCUCCAUCCUCUCAAGGGACACUGUGAGGGUCUCUCCAUCAUCUCAAGGGACACUGUGAGGGGCUGUCAGCAGCUGUCAGCACUUCGCUGUGUCCGGCCACAUACCAACCAGUGCAGGAGCAGCUCAGGCAGCAUGCACAGCUGCAAGCUUUCUGCACACUGAAACCUCUGGGCAUUGCUCCUUGUGGAGCCAUACAGCAGCAUGGCUCGACUUUAGCUCUGAAAGUAUCACCACCCUCCUAUCCCUUCUGCUUGUGUCCCAAACCUGCUGUACAAGGGCUCUGUGCCAGGCACAGUAGCACGUACCAUGCUGGCCAGCCUGAAGUGCCACAGAAAUGCUGGGCAGAUCCAUCGGCUUCUCACACCCCUCCCUCUUUGUUUUCUGCUUGUUGUGCUCCUUCUUCAUGCUCCACUCUCCUUCCCUGUCCGUGCAGACUCAGCGCUGCCUGCAGUUGUUGCCUGCUGCUGAGAUAAGAUGGAAAUUCGGCCUUACCGAGGGCAGGUGAAGGUGGUUGCACACAUGGUGCAGUUUAUCACCGUUGCAUGCUGCCUGGGGCAGAAUUUUCCAAGCUGUGUGCUGGUAUUAGGAUUUUUUCCUUUGCUGUUAAACCAAGAGCAGGGGAAGCACAUCUCAGCAGCACGGUUACAUCUGUGCAAACCGGCAGGGCUAAUGGGGCCGGAGAUGGCACAAUAGAGUUCAUCACCUUGCAUAUGAUAUCUUCUGCCCUUCAUUACCAUAUGGGGCUGGGCUCUUGGCCAUAGGAUAAGGUCUGAUAAAGGUUUCCUGUCCCACGCCCCGUGUCCCGUGACGUGAAACAGAAGAGAACAUAAUCCAUUAUAUAUAGCAUGUCCUACAGGGCACUGGUCACCCUCAUUUAUCACUGAAGAUAUUGACUGAAACGGGAAUUACCAUCUUUUGUGACUUUGCCAAAGGUCUUCCCUCUCCUAUUAAACUGCUGACCUGGCCUGGCUGCAAGGUAAGGGUAUUUGCUAUGCACUCCUGGGAGAACUGCACAGCCCAGUGAGCUCCCCAGGGUGCACCCCGCUGCAGUGGCUGGGUUAGAAUCAUUUCUCUAGGCUGUGUCCAGGACUUUCAGGGCAUCUGCUGCUCAGCUGCAGCCCAGUGCCAUGCAGGCUGGACUGUACGAGGUCAGGCUUACUGCCUGCAGCCACACUGCAGGGUGAUGCAGGAAGAGGAGGGAGAACUUUGUGUAUAGAAGGGCACAUCUGGAGCAGACAUGGGGUGCUGAGCAUGAGGACAUGUCAGCUGCUCUGUGCUGUGGGGCUGUAGGGAACCAGGCCCUUGGGCUUCACUUCUCCGCUGUAAUUUAUUGCUGAUGCCUCAGGGAUGCUGCUUCUGGGAGCUGAGCUCUGGCCAGGUGAGCAGAGGUGGACCAGGCAGGAGACACGUGGAUGGAGUUGCUGUUCCUGUGCCUGGAGGAGGACCUGGGGUAGUCUGAUACUGUUGGGCAACAGAUGUUUUGAUUCCCUAUCACUGGAGGUUUUCAAGAUGGGAUUGGAUAGGGGGCUAGAUAAUCUCAUUUAGGCUUGCCAUGAGAAGUUGGACUUGGUGGUCUUUUGAGGUGCCUUCAACCUGUACUGUCCUGUUCUUCUGUGAUUGCAUGUGACCUGCUGGUCCCGAGUCUGUGGGAUGGGUUGUGUGAGGUAGUGCAGGGUAUAAUGGCAGAAUGCGGGUGCCAGAGGGAUUAAGCUCUGCACCCCAAAGAGGUCAGCCCCUGUGGGAACCUGCCAGGACAUGGCCCUGCUCUGGGUGUUCCUCCUUAAGCAGGGGUUGGACCAGAUGGACCCAAGGGUCCCUUCCAACCUCAGCCAUGCUGGGAUUCUGUGACUGUGAUUCCAAGAAUGGUUUCAAGCCCUUUUUUCAGACAUGGGAGAAGGUCCAUCUUGACAGGUCCCAUCUCCAUCCAUGAGGUUUGCAUUUCAAAUCUGGCCUUGCAAAUACAGGAGCACUAAGCUGGGUUUGGGGUAUUCUUGCAGGUUGGAAGAGGAAUGGAGUACAAAGGCAAGGUUGUUGCAGGUCUCCUGACAGCCACCUGUGUCUUCAGCAUCAUUGCCCUCAUACUGAGUGCUGUAGAUGUGAAGGAUGUGUUUCUGCCUCCUGGCACGAAGGUAAAGUCUUUGGCAGAAGCGCAUCUGCCUUCUCUCACUUGGGUGUUGGCUAACCUCUAUUCUGAGAUUUUCCCCAGCUUUAGGCAGUCUGUGCAGUUAUUCACCAAGAUGGGGACAAACUGCCGUGCAGGCUGGCACAUCGAGUGGGUCUGUCACAGUUUUCUUGCUUACAGCACAUACAGCCUUUUCACUGCAGAGAACCAAGGAAACCUACCUACUAGCUCACACAGAGCCUUGGCCUCAGUACAGCUGGUGACUGCAAUGUCACACUUUCCCUGCUCCAGUGACACUCUUGGCUUGGUCAUAUGAGCCACUCCCUGCCCACUGGGAGCUCUGCCCGCUCACCUGGAGCUCUCCUAGCUCUGCAGCCAGCUAAAUCUGCUUUUCACCCCCUGGCACCCUGCAUCCCAUCAGCCUCUCUCCGCAGUACGGCCUGGUGUUCGACGCCGGCUCCACGCACACGGCUCUCUAUGUCUACCAGUGGCCUGCAGACAAGGAGAACGGCACGGGCAUCGUCUCCCAGGUGGAGUCCUGCACUGUGAAUGAUUGCUGGGAAACUGGGAUUAACCACACACUCAGCAUCACAGCAGCUCCCCACUCCUUGGAGAGCAGGAGCUCACUGUCUGCUCCUGCAGCAUGCAUGUGCCACCUCCAGGCAAGCCAGCUCUGAGCAGUGCCCUUCUGGGGAUGCCCUUGGAAGGGCAUGAUUGAUCUCGGAUCUGGCAUCUCCAGCUACGCAGAUGAUCCCGCUGGAGCAGGUGCCAGCCUGAAGCCCUGCCUGGACAAAGCCAUGGCAGUUAUCCCUGUAGAGCAGCAGUGGCAGACACCCACCUACCUGGGGGCCACAGCGGGCAUGCGGCUGCUGAGGGAGCAGAACAGCACAAAAGCUGAGCAGGUCUUUGCUGAGGUCAGCAAGGCCAUUCGUGAGUUCCCUGUGGACUUCCGCGGAGCUCAGAUCCUCACUGGGAACGAGGAGGGCUCCUUCGGCUGGAUCACCGUCAACUACCUGCUGGAGACACUUAUCAAGUUUUCCUUCGCAGGAAAAUGGGAACAUCCACAAAACACUGAAGUCCUGGGAGCUCUGGACCUUGGAGGAGCCUCGACACAAAUUACCUUCCAGCCUGGAGUCACCAUUGAAGACAAAAACACAUCUGUACUCUUCAGGCUGUACGGCACCAACUACUCACUCUACACCCACAGCUACCUGUGCUAUGGGCAGAUACAGGCCUCGAAGAGGCUGAUGGCAGCUCUCCACCAGGACGGCUCGUAUGUCCAGAAUAUAUCACACCCCUGCUACCCCAAGGGAUACCAGGAGAACAUGACCAUAGCAGAGAUCUACGACAGUCCCUGUGUCCCCACCCCAAGCAUGCUCAGCCCUGCACAGAUCCUCACAGUAACAGGGACAGGGAACCCAGCGGCGUGCCGCACUGCCAUCCUGAAGCUCUUCAACUUCACCUGUGGGGCCAACAGGACGUGUGGCUUCGACGGGGUCUAUCAGCCGCCCGUGCGGGGACAGUUCUUUGCCUUUGCUGGGUUCUACUACACCUUCUCCUUCCUGAACCUGACCGGCCAGCAGUCUCUAAGCCAUGUCAAUGCCACAGUCUGGGACUUCUGCAACAAGAACUGGUCCGAGCUGGUGGAGACCUUCCCACAGAAUAAGGAGCACCUACACACAUACUGCGUGGUGGGACUUUACAUCUUGACACUGCUGGUCGAUGGCUAUAAGUUUGAUGAGCACACGUGGAACAACAUCCACUUCAGCCAGAAGGCAGGAAACGCAGACAUUGGCUGGACACUGGGCUUCAUGCUGAACCUCACCAACAUGAUCCCCACGGAGGCUCUGGAACACGUCAAGGGGCAGCAGCCCAGUCUGUGGGCAGGUGCCAUCUCCUUCAUUGUGCUGGCCAUAGUUGCAGGCCUGGUGGCAAUUCUCCUCCAGUGUUUCUGGAAAUCCAAGUAGCUCCAGGUAUCAAGCCUAGGGGCACCCUGCCUUCUAAACCAGGCAGGGAAAGUGGUGCAAGAAAAGGUGGAAGCAAGAGAGGGAAGAAGGCAUUAAGCCCCACCUCCACUGCUCAUGAAGUCUUCUUGAACCACGUCUGUAAAGACAUCACAGGCAUCUUGAGCUCCCGACAAACCUCCAGAAGGAAGAUUGCCAGAAACCUCUUAGAUCUGGCUGACAAAGGCCAAACUGAGAUGCGGCGGCCAUAUAAAUUCAAGCUAGAAAUAAAAACCUUUUUUUUUUUUUUUUUUUCAAAUACAAAGGUCGCUAACCAGCCUAGCAGAGUUUCCAUCCCUUGGCACUUCCACUCCUGCUGGGUUGGCCCUCCCAGCUGCAGCUGUGGAAGGCAAUGGGUGCUGGAGAGGACUGACGAGAGGACUGACAUUUUCUGUAUCCUGUCUUGUAUAAGAUGUGCAAGAUUUUUGUAGUAUGUGGUAGAAUAUCUUUCCAAGGACAGGCUGUCAGCUGUCUUUAAGAUAUUUACUGGCAUAUUUCAGCAGAAAAAUACAAUUGGAACUUGAUUUAAGAGCUGCCAA